GCCGACGUCGACGCACGCCUCUCGUUUUCGCGCGCUUCUCGCAAUUCUCGGUAAAUGCGCAAAAAAGCCAGCAACAAAAUCAAAUCAAAUUCGAAUCGAAUCGAAACGCAAAUCGCAUGGUGAAUACACGACCGUUUUAUAAAUAGAUUCCGCAACAGCCCAUAUAAAAUGCAUAUUUCGAAAGAAAGAAAAUAUAUAUAAAAAUUAAAGUGAGAUAUAUAUGUAUAUGUAGUUGAUAAGGAAGAUACAUAAUUUCUGAAAGAAUUUGCCGCGCGCGCGAAUUAGUUUCGAAUAUUGCGUAUACGCAGGGUCUGCAGAAUAAUACAAAUCAAAAGUCAACCUACCACAACACAAAACGGAUCGAAACGGCAUAUCAAAAACAUUUCGUAGUAUUUUACACACACACAGAGGAUAACCCCACCAUAUGGAUUUAUAUAGCACAUUUACGGCGAUCAAGGAUACGGAUACGCUGGUUUCGCAAGGAUAGCGCAGCGAUGCCAGCCAGCGGGUUGCAAUCUCCACCAGGUCGACAGGCAAAAACGGCAUAUCAGGAUAAUACCAGGAACUUGGACACCAUGGCUCCUCUAUUUGUCUAGUUGGCAAAUACCAGUGAACCGGGAUCCAGGCCACACACACACUAGCUCACACACACUCUCAGACCAACAAGGACGUCUGUCAUUGUGUGCGUCAAGGACGCUCACACACACACGUACAUGCUGACAAAGCUGAGUCUUUGUUGCUGUCGUUGUGCCAUACAAACAAACCAGUGUCGCAAGUGGGCGUGCCAGCUGGGCGGCCACUGAUUAAAUAUACAUCAGUCAAGCGCAAGGAUCCUAAUUUCCAGCAGUUGUCCCAUGUGAAAGGACGAGGGACACACGGACACUCGGACUCUUGGACUCUUGGAAAAGCGCAAAAAACAGGACACCAUACUUAUAGGAGGGGAAAAUGGCGCGACGCAAGGGCAGCGGUCGAGGCAAAUCUACUGUGAAUUCACGCAAGAAUGCUUUGGAAACGGCGCGUGAAAAACUUAAAGAUGAGCCCGCUGCAAAUACGUCACAGGGUAAUAAAUUCGAUAAUAAUAUGGAAAAUGCAACAACCACAACGGCCAAGCAUUACAAAACCGCAGGCAAACAGUACAAGACCAAUAAAGUGAACAAUACGCGACGUGCCACAGCAGCAGCAGCAGCGGCAGCAGCAGCAGCAACAGCAACCACAGCAGCAACAACAGCAGUAACACCAGCAGCAACAUCAACCAAGAAGCAAACAUAUCGGGAAACUGCAACGGCAACAACAGUCACCAAGAGAACAACCAGCAAAGCCAACAUAGCAGCAGCAACAGAAGCAACAUCAGCCCCAUUAAACGCCUCCAAAGCAGCAGCAGCAGCAGCAGCAACAGAUGUUGCUAGUAGCAAUAGCAACAGCAACAGCAAUAGCAAUAGCAAACCCAGUACAAGCACACGAGAUAAACUAAGCGAGUUGCCGCUGCCGACUGUUGACAACAGCAACCACAUCAUCAGCAACAACAACAACAAUAAUACAAAUAAUAAUAACAACAACAACAACCACCACAGUGAUAAUAGUAUUAGUGAGAAUAAUUAUGAAUUUAAGUGUAGAGAUAAAGCAAAUCUAAGUGAUAGCAAAAUGACGCUACAACAGAUGGCAGCAGUCAGCAGCAAUCAGGAGCCAGUGGCUCCGAAUGUGGCCAACACGAGCAUCAUUGGCAGCCAGCAGACCACCGUAAAUGCCACACCCGCCACCGAUGAGGCUCCGUUGGGGGAUUGGUCAAAUAUUUCACGCUAUUUGCACAAAAAGUUCAAACGCUUGGCCAGCACCACCGAGGUGGAGAGCGGGAAUGCAACGAAUGGCGGCGGUGGUGCCCACCAUCAUCCAAGUAGCGAUGCCAUUCGCACCACAUCGCUCUCCUCAAACAGUUCGCUAUCGCCACCACCAGCGCCGCUGUCCAAUGGUCACCACCAUCAUCUGAUGACCCAACAGCAAAACCACCAGCAAGUGCAGCAGCAGCAACAUCAACAUCAGCCGCCGCCGCCGCCGCCAGCAGCCACACAUGAAUUCAGUGCCAAUUUUGUAAAUAGCAAUCAUGUCAAUGCCAUUGUUCAAGAGGAGAGUCUCAUCAUCAGCAGUAGCAGCAGCAGCAAUAGUGGCUACAAAGCGGCGGCAAGAACGCGAACGCCACUCAGUAACAGCAAUACGAACAGCAACAGCAACUAUGCGGCAAAUGCAACACUGUCACCGGCAACAUUUGCCCAGCAUCAGCAAGUGACGCAGCCAACAACGGCGAGUCCAGGAGUAGCUGUGGCCAAUCCAGUGGGAGAGAAGUCCGGACGCUACGUUUGCACCUAUUGCAAUCUGAUUUGUGCCAAGCCAUCGGUGCUGGAGAAGCACAUACGGGCCCAUACCAACGAGCGACCCUAUCCGUGCGACACCUGCGGCAUUGCGUUCAAGACGAAGAGCAAUUUGUACAAGCAUUGCCGCUCGAGAUCGCAUGCGGCCAGAGCUCGGGGCUUGGAGGUACCAGCCGAUGCGGAUGAUGGUCUGUCCGAUCAGGAUGCCGAGCUGAGCAACAGUAGUUCGGAGCUGCCAAGUCGCGCUGGAUCGCCCUACGACGAGCCCAUGAAUUCGCCCACACCCUCGCCUUCCACUCUGUCUGCGGCCAAGAGUGCCUACAUUCAGCAGCCACCGCUACCGCAGCAUUUGCAACAAUUGCCGCUGGGCUCGCCGGCUGCAGGCACUUUGCCACCCACCACCGCGGAUAAUCUCCACUCGGCCACUGCCCAGCAUCGACCGUCGAUCGACUACAAGCCAUAUAAACCCAAGUUCCAUAAUGCCGCGUUGUACGUGCCCGGCAGCAGCAAGGAGCAACAGCAACAGCAGCAGCAGUUGCACAUUCAGCAGCAGCAGCAACAUCAGAUGGCUCAGCAGAAGCUGUCGAUUCAGCUGCCCCUGGUGCAGCAGCCUUCCCUGGCACAUCCCACUCUCUCGCCCAGCACGCAGAUGAAGAUGAAGCACCACAUUAACUCGCACCAGAUUCAGUUGCAGAUGCAGCAGCAGCAGUCCCUGCUGGCACAGCAAUCGCUGUUGGCCGCCAUGCCGGUGGCACCUGGUGGAGUUUAUUAUCUAGGGCAGCCUCCGUAUUACAACCAAGAAGCAGCGGCCGCUGCCAUUCAUCAGCAUGCGCUGGUCCUUCAGCAAUUCCAACUGCAACAGAUCCACCUGGCCCAACAGCAGCAACAACAACAACAGCAGCAGCAACAUUCACCAUUAGUAAAGGCACCCCCACCAAUGCAACAGCCUCCCAGUCUGCCGCCUCAACAGCUGGUGCGAGCUAAUAGCCAGGCCUCCAAUGUAGCAACAGCGCCUUCCACUCCCACGCCCGCCGCCAAUCUCAGCAGUUUUGCCAGCUCUAGUGGUGGCAUGCAAGUAAAUGUGGCCAAAGUACAGGAGCACAUUUCCAAGUUGAUCUCUCAAAACGAAGCCAUUGUGGAGAACAAGGAGUUAUUGCUGCAGAAGAAGUAUCCCAAGCAGUUGAGUCGUUCCCGCAGCUUCAACAAUGCCAACAGCAACAAUGCAGCCAACAGCAAUCCGGCGGCAUUGCAUGCAAACAACAGUCACAACAUCAAUGCCCAGAUGCCAGAGCGAGAGACUAAAGUGAAUUUGGCACAGGCCAUUGUCCAAAAGCAGCAGCAGCAGCAACAACAGCAGCAGCAACAGCAACUUCAGCAGCAGCAGCAACAACAGCUUAUCCAACAGCAGCAGCUCGAGCAGCAGAACUACUAUACGUACAUGCAACAGCAGCAGGAGAACCAGCAGCAGCAACAGCAGCAAUUAGAACCUCCAAAUGGAUUGGUUAAGAGGAAUACAUAUAAGCCUGCUUCGGCGAUGACAACGCCUGUGAAGCAGCAGCAACAACUGCCGCCCCCGCCCUCCCCGCUGCCCAUGCAAACGAUGCAAUAUCGCCAGGAUCCUGCAACGCCGGUGGCCAAAAACGAGCAACCGGCAACGGCAGUGCAUGUGAUGCCUUUAAACCUAUCAGCGAAGCCCAAACCAACUAUGGUCACAGUGCCUGUGAGCUCCUUGAAUUCCAACUCUGCACCACCCACUCCUGCAACAUCUGUGAAUUCGGCUAGCGGCUCGAAAACUGCACCACCCAUUGCCCAGGUGAACAACUCGAUCAUCAAGAAUCUGUUGCUGAAUGCCCGAGGAUUGGCGGUGCCGAUUGGCGAGGGCGAUGACGCUGUUUAUUCGUGUCCCAUCUGCGCAAACGAGUUCCGCAGCGCGGACGAACUGAAGCUGCACAACAGCACCUACUGCCAGGAUGCGAGCUCCAGUGCUCCAAUGAGUCCGGCAUCGUCACCCUUUCGCUCCAACUCGAUGUCUUUAAGUCUGCCGGAGCUGAAGAGCCACAUGGCCAACUCAAAGAAUCCAUUAUCUCUGGCCAAGUUGGCCUUUUCGCAGUUGAAUACGAAGAGGAGCAGUCAGAUAUUAAGUCGCCUGAGUGCAGCACAAACGCCAGCGAGGACCUCAACCGUAACAGCCCCUACUGCAACUGCUUCUACUCCUGCUGCAGUUCCUGCUCCAAUAUCUGCUCCUGCCCCUCAGAUUGAAGCCCUCCGAUUUGUGGAUGCACCACUGCCAUCGCCAGGCCCGUUGUUGGGUAAAACACCCCUGGUCGACUAUGCACAACAGAAUGCACCACGCAAGGCCCAGGACUCGGUGGUUAUUACAAAAAUGCACGAGGAUCGACAGUUUGAAGCUCAGCCAGCCAAGCGUGUCAAAACCAACGAUAUGGUUGUGGCUUCUUCGUCUCAGCAAACAACAAAUUUUAACUUUUCCUUUAACAACCAGAAUAACAGUAAUACUGUUCCGGAGUUGCAGUCCUCCAAGGAGGAACGACUGCGCAGAUUCACCUCCUCUGGGGGCAGCAUGAUUCCCAUCUCGGAGUGCCCCGAUUUGGAUAACAGCCCCAAGAUGAUACGAACUCCGUUGCUGUCCGGUGGAAGCUUCCAGGACGUGUCAGUCAAGACCAACAACGAGCCAGGAUCAUCGAGUAAGGAGCGCAAGCUGAUGGCACUGGUUAGUGGUAGUGGACUGCUCGGCGUCAGCUCGGGUCCGCAGCACUUUCAGUUUCCACCCAUUAAUUCGAUAACUGCCUUUAAUCCGCUAACGCUGCCACCGAUGAGCGGUGGGGAUAAAAGCACACCCGUCACACCAAUUCCUCAUGUGCCCGGAAUGCCAGGACCCGGAAGCUUAACGCCACAAAUGCCUCUGCUUCCUCCGCCACCGCAACAGCUGCAGCUGCCGAUUCCCUCCAGUCGAGGACGUAGUCCAAACCGCAAGCAACCCAGCCCUCUACUCUUGGGAGGAGCAACAGGUGAACUAAAGGCUUUAUCGCCAUUUGGUGGAGUUCAAAAUGUGCCUAGUGAAUUCAGCCGUCAGCCACCCACGCCUGCCCAACGCCAAGCUCUUCAAUGGAACAGUAAGGAGACGCCGAAGAAGGCACCAUUUAACUUUCUUCGCAUGGCUGAUAAUGUGAAGACCACGGAACCUGAAGUGCGUCACUUCAACCUGGAAAAUGUGAUUACUGGGAAGCAGCAGGAGUCGCCUUUAACACCGCUGCAUGUGGAGACACCCAAUGGAAACAAUACGGAGGAAACCAAUCCCGUUGCAAGUUCUUCGUCAUCGGCCAAGUCAAAGUUCCUCCGACCCACUAGCUUGCCACUAAAGCCGGGAACCUUUACGCCAAAACGCCAUCACGGUAUUACGCCUACAGCAAAUACAUUGCCGCUGAUCUCGCCAGAGACUCCGAGGCCGUCCAAAUCCUGUGUGCAACUGUAUCUCAAUGGACAUGCCUACACCUAUCUGGGUCUUAAAUGCAGCACAAAGAUGUUUUACUGUACGGUGAAUUGCCCGCAACCUUCGUAUGUGGCCGGAAUGCACAAACUAUCAAUGUAUAGUGUGUGGCAGGUGUGCGAGGAGAACCAGCCGCAUCCACUUGGAUUUAAACUGAAGCAAGUUAUGGCUCUCUAUGACUCACGUCAAAGGAUGCUGGGGAAUGGUACCCUUACAGCGAUGGCUGGAUCAGGAAAGCUAAGCUACAAUCUGGUCGCCUCCCAGCAAACAGUUUCCUCUACUUCGACGUCAUCCAGUAGCAGUGCCUUUUAUCAAGGGCCUCUGAAGACACCACCAACUGUCACAGUUGCCGCUCUCAGCGAGGCGAAUGUGGCGGCCAAAGCGAACGAGGAGGCGCAGGCCAAGAAGCUGGAGACAAGUCCGUCCGGACAGCCCCUGGUGGGUGGUUACGAGUCUCACGAGGAUUACACGUACAUCCGAGGCCGAGGCAGGGGAAGAUAUGUUUGCUCUGAAUGCGGUAUUCGGUGCAAGAAGCCGUCGAUGCUUAAGAAGCAUAUUCGCACCCACACGGAUGUGAGGCCAUUCACAUGCAGCCACUGCAAUUUCAGUUUCAAAACCAAGGGCAAUCUGACCAAGCACAUGCAAUCAAAGACUCACUUCAAGAAGUGCAUUGAACUGGGCAUCAAUCCGGGACCAAUGCCACCCGAUAGCGAGUUCCUGGACGUGGACAUGGACUUUGAUCAGCAGUCAUCCACUUCGGCAGGAGGACGUACGUCUUCAAUGGCAGGAGAAUCUGAUUCAGAUGACUAUAGUGACAAUGAAUCGGAAAGUAGUGAUACGGAUGAAUCCAAGUCCCGAUUGAAAGAGCACGAGGCAGCAAGAGGCCUGCUAUCGCUAUCGAUGACGCCGCCCAUUCCGCAGAGCGUGUCGCCCUAUCCACAGUUGCACGAUACACCUCUUCCGGCAGCUAGUCCUGCAAACAGUAUUGGCUCUUCGGGCUCGCAGCCCAAGCGAUUGGUGUGCUCUUUCACAUCACCCAAGCCACCGUUCGACUACCAAAAGCAGGAACAGUAUUAUUCCAACCCGGAGGAGUCGAAGCCGAAACGCAGCGGGGCCAGCGAGGAAAGUGCACCCAUGGAUCUCACUAAGCCGCGCGGCUCCAUGUCUGCCACCUCACCGUCACCAGUUCCGCCGCCCGUCCAGGACCUUCCUAAAUCGCAGGCCCAGCAGAUGCACGAUGUGAUCUUCGGCAGCUCUGGCAACGCAAAUGGUUUUAUGAAGACCCUAAUCUCAGUGUCGGACAAGGUGCGCAUAUCCGCUGAGAUGGAGGAGCAGGCCAAGCACGAGGCGGAGGGUGAGGACGUCCAACUGCAGACCUACAUCAAGGAGCAUGCACUGCACCAAGCCAAGAUAAAGCAGAGUCAAUUUAGCCGCAGCUAUCUCAUCAACACUUUGUACACUGCUGCGUCUCCCGUAUUUAGCAGCAGCAGUAGCACCCUAUUUACGACCAACAGUCGUCCCGUCAUGAGCAUAAAUGAGGUUCCUAGCAUCGAAGUCCACGAAGUUAAGACUCCUGAAACUGUUGAGCUGCCACCUAUUGCUCCUGUACUUGCUCCAGCUACUCCGUCGCCAGCUCCAGCUAAAAUUGCACAGGAAGAAAAGGAAGAGAGCGAGACGCAAUCAGAUCAGGAGAAGCCCAAUAUUGUGGAACCACAUAAUGCUAAUCUGCCCGCUGCAGUGCAGCAACCGGAUGCCAAUGAUUUCAGUGGAGUACUUGGAAAUCCGCCACCACCACCAACAACAUCUGUGGCUACUGUAACAACCACAACAACAGCUACUCCUGUGGCAUCUUCAGCCAGCGCCAGCAUCAACGCUGCUCAGCCCACCCAGCGUACGGUGAUCGUCGGCGAAGAUGGCUUUAAAAAUGCCGGUUCCACGUCCAGCAGCAAGAGCAGCGAUCUCCAGCAUGUAUCCUACGGCCGUGCAGUGCCAUCAGCUCCCCUUGCAGGCGAUGCGCGUCCAACCUGCACCAUUUGCGCCAAGACGUUCCAGCGGCAGCAUCAGCUAACUCUGCACAUGAACAUUCACUACAUGGAGCGCAAGUUUAAGUGCGAACCUUGCAGCAUAUCCUUCCGCACGCAAGGACAUCUGCAGAAGCAUGAGCGAUCAGAGGCGCACAAAAACAAGGUUAUGAUGACCUCGACGUUCGGUGUUCCAACCACCUCCAAUCCACGCCCCUUCGAAUGCACCGACUGCAAGAUCGCCUUCCGCAUCCAUGGCCAUUUGGCCAAGCAUUUGCGCUCCAAGACGCAUGUACAGAAGCUGGAGUGCCUGCAGAAGUUGCCAUUUGGAACAUACGCCGAAAUUGAACGUGCUGGGAUUAGUCUCACUGAAAUUGAUACCAGCGACUGUGAAAAUUCGCUAAUAUCAUUAAAGUUGCUGGCCCAGAAACUGCUGGAGAAGGAUCCGAGCAAACUGAGUAGCUAUACCACACCCUCUGGAAUGAUGCAGCUGGCCCAGGAUGCAACAGGUCCUGUCUCGCAGGAUAGUGCGUCCGAAGAUGGCUUUAGUGCUGCUAUUGCUUCGGCGAUAGCUUCACUGGAUAACGACAGUGCUGGCAACACACCCAAGCGUGCCAGCUCCAUGUCUGAGGAUGAAACGGUGGCCAAUGGCUUGAACCAUAGCCUGAAGCGUCGAUUGCCGGGCAGUUUCAGCAGCACGGGCGAGGAGAGCGAUAAUCCGGCAGAGAGCGGUGGCGAGAAGCGUGCUCGUUCUGGCCAGGAGUUGCCUGUUUCCGUGCCCGUUCCCGUGGCUGCUUCGGCAGCGGCCAGCAACUGACAGUAUAUGUACAUGCUGCAGCCCAGCUGAGGCUAUCAGUAUCCUGUGGUCUACCACCUGGACACCAGUCAGUACGCCGUCUACAAUUCCAGCGAGGGACGCCAUGACCAAACCACCUCCAACGAGCGCAUAUCAAAUGUCUAAGCAUAUCGCAUUUGGGCACACACAACUUACUCUAGAGCUAGCCUAUAAGACCCACCUCUCUUCAGUGAUGGUCCCAACUAAUUUUGGGCUAAUCGCAAAUCGUAAUCAAACGAUAGGAGAGCCAGAUAAGAGAGUCAGCUAUUCCACUGUAAACACUCUUGGGGAAACUGCCCAAAAAGAAUCUUAUACAACUUAUUAUACGGUUCGACGAGGCAGUCUCCCAGUCACCAUGCAGAUUGUUUCGAUCUGUCUCUUAAGUAUUUAGUUUAAGGAAUUGUCAUCAGCUAGCCCUAGUUAUAAGCCAACCAACAGGCACACGUAUAAAUCGACAUAUAUUAUAUACAUUUAAACAUAAUUUGUUUUCGAAAUGCAUAAAUGCAAAAACUCCUGAAGUGCUGUGAGUCUAUCUACAAAUGUAACGAGCCGAGAGCGAGAAAAGUGUGUUAUUUAUAAGGCCUAGCCCCAAUAAUGAACCCAAAAGGAACCAGAACACCCACACUGAGUAUAUUGGUUUUCCAUGUCCAAAUCCAAAUUAAAUCAUUUGAAAAUCACAUAGUUCUUCCUUAUUUCAAAUUGUUAUCACUUCAAGUUAAGAUGAGCAACUGAAAAGAAAUUAUGUAUAACCCUAGUUUUGUUUUAAUUUUUAAAACGACGAGACCACGAGACUCUUUUAAUUGUUUGUUUUAAUUUUGUAUUUGGCAGAAGAGAAACGAAAUGAUGAAGAAUAGGAAACUGUAAAUAAUCAAUAUGUUGUCAUAUAUGCAUUAAGCGGUAGGUUAGUCAAACAAACUACACAAAGUUGA